AUGGCAAUACCCAAUGAGAAGCUGCAGGAGGUCUUGCGAGAAAUCGAAGCCAAGGCCUCCUUUUCCGCCCAACAACUCCAGAUUGUGCGCGGGCAGAUCGCUUCGAAGAACCGCGAAAAGCGCAUGCUGCAACUGUCAUCGAGCGAACUGGAUACUGUGCCCGUAGAGACGCCCGUGUAUGAUGGUGUAGGCAAGAUGUUUGUCCUGACAACCACGAAAGAAAUCCAGAGCCGCCAGACCAAGGAAUCGGGAGAUGUCGACAAGGAACUGGAUAAUCUGGGCAAGAAGCUUCACUAUCUCGAGACUACGUACAACAACGCCCAGCAGCAUCUGGAACGAAUCUUCAAAGGGAGUGCUGGUCAAAGCUGA